ACACCCUUUUCUCAUUUUCAUCAGAUCCAUCACUCAUCUUCUCAAAAUUCUGUGAAAAAUCCAAAAUUUAGGCUGAAAAACUGUUACCCAAAUGGGUUCUUGAAACAUUGUUGUGAAGCUUCUGGGUUUUUUUUGUUGUUGAGGGGUGGGUUUUAAUGACGAUGAAAGUGACCCAGAAAGUAAAAGAUUCAGAAAAAAUCAUCUGGGAUCAGAUGAGAAGUGUUUCUGGGUCACAAAUUUCAAUUUCUGGUUCACAUAAUCGAGCUUUUUUGAAGUUUAUGGUAUGGCUUUUCCUUUUUGCUUCCACUACCUAUAUGGUUUAUACACUGAAGCUCGUUUCGUAUAAAUCUUGUAACAAUAACGACGUUUUUAGUCGUAAUAGUUUGUUUAUUCACUCAUCGGAAAUCAAUUCCAGUAAAUCCAGUAAAUCGAUCCGGCGGGUAAUAGUUAAGGAAGAAACAGAAGAGAAAUUGGAAGAGAAAACCGGGUUGGAGCAUAUUGUAUUCGGCAUUGCAGCUUCUGCGAAGCUGUGGGAUAAACGGAAGGAAUAUAUAAAGUUAUGGUGGAAACCGGAGGAAGAAAUGAGAGGGAUUGUUUGGUUAGAUAAACCGGUGAAAACUUCGAAAGGUGACGGAGAAUCUCUGCCGGAGCUGAGAAUUUCCGGUGAUACUUCACGGUUUGCUUACAGAAACCGGCAGGGUCAUCGGUCUGCAAUACGGAUAUCGAGGAUUGUAUCGGAGACAUUAAGGUUAGGGAGGGAGAAUGUGAGGUGGUUUGUUAUGGGUGAUGAUGAUACUGUGUUUGUUACUGAUAAUUUAGUGAGGAUUUUGAACAAAUAUGAUCAUAAUCAGUAUUAUUAUAUUGGAAGUUCAAGUGAAAGUCAUUUGCAGAAUAUUUAUUUUUCUUAUAGUAUGGCAUAUGGGGGUGGUGGAUUUGCUAUUAGUUAUCCUUUAGCUAAAGCACUUGAGAAAAUGCAAGAUAAGUGUAUUCAAAGGUACCCUGGGCUUUAUGGUUCUGAUGAUAGAAUGCAGGCUUGUAUGGCUGAACUUGGUGUUCCACUCACCAAAGAACUUGGUUUUCACCAGUACGAUGUGUACGGGAACUUAUUUGGUCUGCUAGCAUCACAUCCAAUAGCGCCAUUGGUAACAUUGCACCAUCUUGAUGUGGUGGAGCCAAUCUUUCCCAAUGUGACUCGAGUGCAAGCUUUACGGCGUCUCACAGUUCCAAUGAAGCUUGACUCGGCUGGUCUUAUGCAACAAUCCAUUUGCUAUGACAAAGCUAAUGAUUGGACCAUAUCAGUGUCAUGGGGAUUUGCAGUUCAAAUAUUCCGUGGAGUGUUGUCCCCCCGUGAAAUAGAAAUGCCGUCAAGAACUUUCCUAAAUUGGUAUAAAAGAGCAGAUUACACUGCAUACGCUUUUAACACGAGGCCUGUUGCGAGGAACCCAUGCCAAAAACCUUUUGUGUUUUAUUUAUCAAGUGCCAAAAUGGAUCCUUCCAGCAACCAAACAGUGAGCCAGUAUACUCGUCAUCAAGUUCCUCAUCCAGCAUGCAAGUGGAAGACGACAGACCCUGCUGUUGUUGAUCGCGUGCAGGUUUAUAAAAAGUCUGACCCACAUCUAUGGGAUAGGUCUCCAAGGAGGAAUUGUUGCAGAGUCUUGAGCUCAAAGGGAAAAAGCAUGGUGGUGGAUGUGGGUGUAUGUAAGGAAGGUGAGCUCAGUGAAGUAUGAUGAUGAAUAACUCGAGCCUUUCUUCUCUCCUUGUAUUCGCCCCUCAAUUGAUUCUCGUAUGUAUUUCUUCAUUUGUUGAACUUAGGAAAAAAAUUCUUGGAUUCAUCCAAGUUUC